AUGGACUCUGGUGCGACAGAGAUGCGUAACCAUGCCUGUUUUCCGGCCCGGAUCCAAACCCAUAUAAAAAACCAGGGCUCAAACUCGUCCUCGAUGAGCCACGAUGUGAUGGGGAUGGCUGAGCCCAUUCCAUCCCCGCGACGAUGGUCUCCCACCUACAUACCCCGAAGACGAAGCAGACAGAUGCCCUCACUAUCAUUUAUACCGUCCCCAGUAAUGCCGCGCAUAGAGUCGCAUGACUUUUCGAGCUCAUCAUCGCGGCGCCCCACAGAUCGGGGGCCAGCUUGCAUGUCACCCUUCCGCUCGGUUCGAAGAAUGAAAGAACCAUUUCAAUUAAUGCUUCCGACAUCCCCGGCGUCCCUCGAUGGCCCUCCCCCCAAUUUUCCUGAAAAGGCAAACAAGCCAUCGAAAGCGCCGGCCGAUCACACAUUACGAACAUGGCGCUCAGACCAAAACCUGACUUGUGGGAGCUUGGAAACAUUCGGCCUUCUACCCAGCCCGCCUAUAUCAGAAUCACGCCCCGCAAGCACGGGUCCUGAGUUAUCUUAUUUUGAUUCGCAGUCUUCGGAGGGAUCAGGUCAAUCAAGUGGGGGGAAGGACGAGAAGAAUGAGUCUGGUACCACUCAACCGAAUGUUUCUACCACGGCCGCCACACUGGCAAUCGGGGAAAGGACACAGUACACAGCGUACCGUCCCCCAGACUGGAACAAUCAACCGCGAACAGAUGUCAUGAAUGUUCAUGAAGCCCACUCAGAGUUUGUACGCCAGUGCGAGUCUGGCAAUGAACAGGAGUCGCAACCCCAAUCUCCGAAUAAGCAUGCAUCUUCCCAAACAUCCCCGAAAUCGGUCCAUACCGAGCAAGUUCUUGUUCCUGGGAGCUCACCGAGACCCCAACGCUCUCGGACUGGGACAGCAUCGAGUGAAGCGAGCUGGGUGCCAAGUAACUUCUCGUACUGUGAAAGGUGGUUGCAAGGUGUCCCGGUUGACAAGGUGAAUGACCAUAAUACGUCUACCAAGGAGUUCACCAAUCGGCGGAAGUUCCAGAUUGUCGAGAACGAUCACCCAAUGCCAAAACUGGACAUCAUCCCUGGAGCAAAAGCCCUGGAAGAACCUGUGAGAUUCGUCGUCGCUAGCAAGACAAAACCGAAACUUGUCGACAUUGCUAGACAAUCAUCGCCAUCGCCUCCACUGCUUCCACCGCCCUGCUUACUUCCAAACACCGUACCGACAACCCCCGAUCAGCGCCAAGAGGAAGUAUCCGCAUUUAGCCCGGAUACUCCUCUUGAUAUGUCUGAUAGUGGGUAUGGAACUCGGGAUUCUGGCUAUUCAUUUGAUAGCUAUGAUGAUAGCAAAGUUGAUGAUGACGACGAUGCACUUACCGAUCCAGGGUCAUUGACAUCUUCCGACAGUGUCGGAUCAACCGUGAUAUGCGAGAGGCACGAAUCCGCGCAGGGAGAGCGCGAGGCAAGCCCACAACCUGAAAUCAGAUCGGGUAGUGUCAGCCCAAAGGCAUCAUCACCACCAACAACGCAUUCACCGGGACGGGCGUCUAUCAUUUCCGAAAAAGAGGAUGAGAAACCACGCAUAUGGCACCAUGACUGGACGCUGGACGAUCAUGAAUGGACCUUGGAUGAGCUGGACCACUCUGUCAAGGAUUUCCCACGUCAUAUGCUCCGCCUCGCAUCCCCUGUCAUGGUAUUCCUUCGCAAAAACGACGAGAAGGCCCUCAUCAGACCCUUCCGAACUAUAUUCCCCGAUGUAACAGAGAACCUACUCGACUGCCUCUGUGCUGCCCUCCUCGCUCGAAACUACCUCCUUUCUCUAUCUACCCUCCGAACCAAGUCGCCCGUCUCUUCGCGUAAAGACGCAUACGCCAUCGACGGCGUCCCCAAAAAGGCAUACACCACACUAGGCAUCCAGUUUCCAACUGGGUCUACUAGCAAGCCCAAAGAACCCCCUUUCAGCGCUCGCAGCACGGAGCUCCAGACACACCUGGAGCGAAUCGUGGACAACCUGCUAUUCGCCAUUUGUGGCCGAUCUGAUCCUAUUUUGAAAUCAGCUGUUGAAGUUCUCGCUCAAGUUCUUGAAACCACUGUUUCGCAUUGA